CUGCCCCGCUCCCAUUACAACGCGGACUCUCGCGGCAGGUGCACCAACCCAAGUGCCACUCCGUUCGCCCGUGUUACAGUGGCACAAUUUUCUCCCCAUAAUCACCAACAAUUUCAUAUUUAUCAACAAAUGAAAAAUUCAAUAAGUGAAUUAGUGAGGAGUGACGUGAGGUGAGGAUCUGGUUAAUGAAAAAUAUUGAUAAAUAAACGAGAAGUGAAUUUUUGACACUCGAGUGACACCUUUGACCGGCCAGUUCUCGUGAUUCAACGUUAAGUUAAUGUACUUAACGCUCAUCGCUGAUGACACGACACUCGUGCCUUAUCACUGCGCACACCUAGCGAUUAAAAAACCGUUGUUGGUCUUCGUGAAAAAGCCGCGUACUGUCAGUGCCACAACGGUUAUCGCACCGUAGUUAUCUGUCUCUCGGAAACUCUAAACGUGAGUGGUGAGGUUUUUUUUUUUUAUUCAUCAGUGUGUACAUGUGAGGAAUCACGAGGUACAGAGAGAGAAGUUUGUGCCUCCUGCACACGUGCGUCCCCGAUAAGAGGAAUCCGACCUCCACUGGGGGGAUCUUCGACCUUUUGUGCAGCAGAGUUGAGGAAAUUUUUUAAUUGAUAAAUCAUUUUUUUUUUUUUUGAAAAACGAAGAGUGAGUGGAGCCGCCUGGACGAGGGCUCAGUCGCGUGGUUUUGUGGAUGUUUUUUUGGUUAUUGGGAGAUCCUGGUGGAUUGAUUGAAUUGCCAUUGGUAGCGCUGUCAACCUGGACAUAUUGACUGCUACUUGUGGACAACCGACGAAGUGGAGAUGUCCGCGCGUCGCUAGAAUGAGGGAGUUGGACACUGAAAGUCCCGUCGUCUGGCCGGCCUGGUGUUAUACUGGUGAGGUUUCCAGUGAGAGUGUAUCAGCAGGUACUGUACCCCGAAGAGGUGAGAGAGUUGAAGCUGCUGAUCUAGGCAGACACACGGAAAAUUUGGACGAGACAACCCUGGCCGCGAACACAGCGAUUGACGCCAGGGGCGGGAGCCCUCAGGGCGCACACCUGUCAGGUGCUGUCACACCGAGGCCACCCAGAGGUAGAAGGCGUCAGAAUCAUAACGGUCUCGAUACAACUCAGGUAAAGACGGAACGACUCACGCCCGAUAACAAUUCAACGUCAUCGAGAAGCGUGACGCCGUCAUCGUCGAGUCAUCCAGGUACGCCACCAAAUGCCGCGGCACUUGGUGGACCCGACGGCCCACCAGCGCCCCAUCAUCUCAAGCACAUGGAGCAGAUGAUGGGAAGGAAUUACAGUGACUUCAUGAGAAGUCUAGCCGCCAAGUACAACAACGCAAACCCCAACGAUUACUUCAGCUCGAGGGGUAACGGCUAUCCACCGGGUCUCGAUCCGAGAUUUCCCGCAUUUAAGGCUGCUGCAACGCCCUUUGUGGGGUUGAUGGCACCACUUGGAACACCACAACCACCGACUGUACCUACGACAUCGCCCUUAUCUGGGAAAGAUUCCAAGGAACAGAAGCAGGAUACACUUUUUGGUAAUCCUGUCUUUCCACCGAUGCUGGAUAUGUCCUCUACUCAGGCAUUACUACAUAUGGUUAGGACUGCAAAUGCUGCCCACAAUGCAGCUGAACUCGAGACUUAUUUAAAAGGUGCGAAUAAACGAGAUGCAGGUGUAACAAGUCCCCUGGAUCUCUCGUCACCGGGUGGUUUUGCCCCUCGCAAGAAACCGAGACCAGAAACCCGAAGACCGGGAAGUGUUUCGCCAAAACCAAAAGCAACACCUCGUCCAAGUACACCUCCACCAGUGAGAUGUCCCUCACUCUGCGGUCAUAUGCCCUGCGGUGAUGGCCAAGCUGUCAAUCGUUGGACCAUCGAGGAGGUCGUUAGCUACGUGUCCUCGAUCGAUAUUUGCGCCGAAUAUGCACAGAAUUUCCGGGAAAAUCGUAUUGACGGUGCGUCAUUACCUCUACUGUCCGAGGAUCACUUGACGGGCCCAAUGGGCAUGAAACUCGGCCCGGCCUUGAAACUACGUGCAAUGCUGGCCCGAAAGCUCGGUGCCUGCACGGUAUGCCUGCACUGCGCCCACUGCCAUCAAACACCACUACCGGUGCUCAAUGCAGCGGCUGCUGCUGCCGCUGCUACCGUAAAUACCACGCAGACACCCGGAAGACGGCCCAGCAGCACUGGAAACUGACAAACAAUGGCGGAGACUCCGGGUCCCGAUGCCGAUCCCAAUCGUGCAUUGAGAAUCGAGAGACGUGUAUCCCGUCCUGUUCGCAAACCCGAUGUCGUGUUUAAAAAGCCGAUAAAACAGUGACGUUCAGCUUUUGGCCGAUAUUUUUAUGAGGAGACUCCGCCCAAUUUCAGUACCUAAUUUAGUUUUUAGUUAGGAAUAAUUAGGUUUAUGCUGAAAGUGCCUAGAAACAGCGAAAAAAUUGCACAGAAAAGUCUAGUAGAUUCCGUAGACGUUUCUAUUUAUUUUCUACUACAACAAACAGUCUAUUAGGGAUCCGUUAAUGUUGGUGAUAUUUGCAGUUGCUUUUCUGUGCUUUUUCUUGACGAAUGGGAUAGAUCACAUGAUUUGAAAGAGAAAAACAGAUUUUAUAGUAGAAAUGUUAAUUUUAUUAAAGAGAACAAAUUUAAUGGAAAAAUAUGAAAGUGGAAUAAAAUCAUUUCCGUCAGACAUUUUGUACUGAAAAGGAAAACACAGAAAAGCUCGAGGAUUUCUCCGAGGAUUUUCAAAAAACUUGAAAAUGUGGGAAAAUUGCUGACGCAAUGAUGCAAAGUUCAAGUUUCGCAAACAAAUUUUAUAUUUUCUUAAUGAAAUAAAGACGACAAAAUUCUAAAGGGAGAAAAACUCCUCCUUCCAGUGAGAAUAAUUCGCCUGAAUAUACAAAAUAGUUUAUUUUCGUAAAGAAAUAUGCGACAAACAACGAUGAAUCAGAAAGACAAAAGUUCAGAAAGCCGACAUUGAAAAUAGUUAGAAUAAACGAGGGAAAAAUGUGACGAAGAUUAGCUCACACAUAUUGUAUUUUUUUGUGUAGAAUGAAACGAGUACUUACAUAUUCAAAUGUCUUCCAACGAACUGACACCAGUGUCACCACAAUUUCGAGGCAUUUUCAUUGAAAUUUAUUGAGUGAAUACAGACAGAAUAUGUGGAUGAAAAUGAGUAUUCGUAAUAGCGAGAAUCAUGUGCAAUAACAAUAACAUUUUCGACUCGUUGAAAAUAAUAUUUUCCUAGGAUACGUACUUGCUCAAAUCGUUGUUUCUUUUAUAUAUUUUAACGAAGUUUUUAUAAUGAAUUAUUGUGCGAAUGGAGAAUAAAACUAAAUUAUAUUUUUUCUAAUAACAUUACAGGCAAUCCAACGUGCUCUGCUUUAGUGAUAAUAAGAGUUAAAGAAUAUCCAAGUACUUUCCUUUAAUUUUUUUUCUUGUAUUCAAUUGCAGAAAAAAACAAAAUUCAUUAAACUGAAGUUUUAAAUAUUUAGGUGAUGUAAUAAUAACUGUAUUGAUUCUCCAAAAAAUUCUUCUUUUCAAAGAUAAAAGAGAAGUACUGCCGAGGGCUUUCAACGAAAAAAAAAUGGCUGAAGUACUUGGAUAUCUGUUAGUUAUAUCACGAAAAUCUGGAAAUGUCAAUUUUACUAGUUGUAACUGUAUGAAGAGUUUGUACAUUCACUAUUUUCCAACUUGUAACAAUUUUUAUUUAUUCAGUAAGUUAACCGUUGCCUUAUUGUAUUCAACAUAACAGAUGUAAGUUAAUUUGUAACUAGGGGCUGAGGCUAUGCAAUUUUAUGAGAAUGAAGGAAUUUGUACACAAAGAGAGCAACUCGUACUGCGAGCAGUAUUUUUAGAUAAAAAAAUAAACAGGUUUACAAUGAUAAUUGCAAGUAGUAAUACGUCAAUACAUAUUUUAAUAAUUGCAAGACUUUUAUUGGGUCUUCGGAUGGUCGGAAAGGAAUUGUACAAAGUUUAAAGAAAUCUGAAGAUUCAAAAACUCCGAACUGUCAUGGAAAUAUUAUUCACUGAUCGAGUGGUUAAAUAAUUCAUUUGACAAUUAAUUAAUCGAGUUCAAGAUUCGGUUCAAAAAGUGUCUGAUUUGACCACUCCACCACUGAGUAUAUUGCCUGAUUUUUUUAUUCACCGAGAAUAUAUAUAUUUUGGCGAGUUACAAAUUAGCGGCUUUUACUUAAAGGAUCACUGUACAUAGUGCUUAAACAUGUCUAUUUAUAUCAUUGCUCUUACGAAUGAAAAACAGUUGUAGUAUUGUUACAUUAGCAUAUUAAAAAAAAUAAUAAUGCACAAUUUACAAAUGGAAACAACUUAUCGAGUCACGAUAUAUCAGUUUUUUUUCACAUCAAAAUGUAAACAGAAAAAAGUUAUGCAGGGAAUACGGUGGGAAGGAGAGAUUAAACAAAUGAAAAAAAAUUUACAGCUGAAUAAUUACAGCUAUUUUGUGAUAAUGCAGUGUUUUACAUGUCCUUCCAUUCUCCCCAUUCUCACCAUUAUUAUUUGUUUUUCAAUUCCGUCAUUUCUAAUCAUAUUUAUCGACAUUUUCCUCGAUCUCUCCACCUCAUUUUCCCCUUAUAUCAUUUUUGUUUCAUUUAAGUCUGUCAUGUAUUAUUUUUAUCAAUUAACUGUUAUUAAAUAAUGUAUAGGAAUGAUUAAUGGUGAAGAAACGAAACAGAAAAGAAAAUGAGGAAAAACAGUGCAUUGUUUCUGUUAAAAUAAAUUUGUUGAAAAAUACUAAAA